AUGAAGAUUGAUGGAAUAAAAAUACCAAUGGAACUGGACACAGCAGGAGCCUUCAAAGGACCAGCUAUUAAGGUGCACCUAAAGCUGGACGCGAAACCCAUUUUUGCUCGCGCAAGAGAUGUACCAUUCGCGCUACGUGAUGCUUAUGCCAAAGAGAUCGACGAAAAAAUUGCUGCAGGCUUCUACAAACGAGUUGAUUACUCAGAAUGGGGAUCCACAACACAUGUGAUAACGAAGAAAACGGGAGGUAUACGAAUCACUGGCAACUACAAACCGACUGUAAAUGCUCAAAUGAUCAUUGAUGAGCAUCAGAUUCCGAAGACAGAGGAUAUAUUCAACCAAAUGAAAGGAUGCACAGUGUUCGCACACUUGGAUCUUCCAGUUAUAGCUUCGCUAGUUGCUCGAGAAACCAGAAAAGACCAGCAUUUGGGCAAAAUUUUGCAAAUACUGCAAAUGGAGAGCGGCCAAUGUCUUACAAGAAAUGGAUACAAAUCACCAAAGUGCAAGUAUGAGAUAUCAUCGGGCUGCAUUACUUUCGAACAUCGAGUGGUUAUCCCGACUAAACUUCAAAAACUGAUUCUGCACGAACUACACAAGGCCCACUUGGGUAUAGUAAAAAUGAAGGGUAUUGCACGCUCUUUCGUCUACUGGCCAGGAAUCGAUAAGGACAUCGAGAAUGCGGCAAGAACAUGCGAGUUCUGUGCAAAACACGCGAAUCAACCUCAAAAAUGCUCCGAUCACUAUUGGGAGUACCCUAAGUCGCCAUGGAAGCGCAUUCACAUCGACUACGCGGGCCCAUUUGAAGGCGCGAUGCUUGAUUGA